GCGCGGGGGGUCCCCAGCCCCGAUGGGGGGUACCGGGAAAUGCCUGGUGUAGGCCUUGAACCAAGAGCCGCCGCCUCUCAGCCCCUCGGGCAGGGCGGGUGUAACCCCCCAGCCCCCGGGGAUGGGACACCAGUGCCCCCCCCCCGGGCGUUGGUCCUGGGGACACCUCGCACCCCGCCUUUCCCUGCAGCCCCCCGGCCCGCAGACGGCCCCAGGGGUUGGGGAACGGGCCCAGAAGCGGGGAGGGCCGGUGUGACUUUCUCCCCCAAGCUAUGGGGGUCCGUGGGGCGAGUAGCAGCCCUCACCUGCCCGCCCGUCACCUGGGGAGCCGCCACAUUUCAGGGGCUCCGGGGACAGCGGGAAGGGGGGACGCCAGCAGCAGGGCCCAUGCUGGUGGGUAGAGCCAUCCCGCUGGGUGCUCUAGGCCUGGGCUGGGGGCCGUGACACCCUGAAAAACGUCACCAAGUCGAACCCAGGGCCGAGGAAGGUGUGACGCUGCUGGGAGGGUGUGAACCUGGGUCCCAGCCCAUGAGAUCAGGCAGUGGGGCCAAAACCCACCACGCACCGGCUGCCCCCAUGGCUCAGCCUCCUGCCGCCUCCCCACUGUGGGGCAGCACCAGCUCCUGCCCCAGGAGGGGGCCAGCAGGCUCGGGGUGACUCUUGCCUCCAGCUCCACAGGGCUGAUGUCAGUCUCUCUCACAGCCUUAGGAGCAGAGAGGUGAUCUGGGACUAAAAUCCCCUCUUUUCUUCCCUUAGAUCACAGCGCAGACUGGCUCCUGGCCUCACCAAGCCAAACUGGAUUUCAACCGGUGAUCUGUAAGGGGGAGGCUUUGUGCCUGUGGCUCUUUCGGACCUAACUGGUGGUUUCUACCCUGUCUCGGAGGAGCAGCGAGUCCCGCGUGGGCACGUGCCCCUCGGCCAGCAUGACCAGUGAGGUAGUGGAGAACGAGUUUGAGUUUUACUCUAAGGCAGAGAAAUACUGGAAGGAUGUGCCCGCCACGGUGGACGGCAUGCUGGGGGGCUAUGGCCACAUCUCCAGCAUCGACAUCAACAGCUCCAGGAAGUUCCUGCAGAGGUUUCUGCGGGACGGUCCCAACCGGACAGGGACAACCCGUGCUCUGGACUGCGGGGCGGGCAUUGGCCGGAUCACCAAGCGGCUGCUGCUGCCCCUCUUCAAGACGGUGGACAUGGUGGACGUGACAGAGGACUUCCUCACCAAGGCCAAAAGCUACCUGGGAGAGGAGGGUAGGCGGGUGCGCAACUACUUCUGCUGCGGCCUCCAGGACUUCAGCCCCGAGCCCAACUCCUAUGAUGUCAUCUGGAUCCAGUGGGUCAUUGGACAUCUCACUGACAACCACCUCUCCGACUUCCUGAAGCGGUGCCGCGCUGGCCUGCGGCCCAACGGCAUCGUGGUCAUCAAGGACAACAUGGCUCAAGAGGGCGUGAUCAUGGAUGAUGUGGACAGCAGCGUCUGCCGGGACCUGGACGUGGUCCGGAAGAUCAUCCGCCGGGCUGGGCUGCACCUCCUGGCUGAGGAGCGCCAGGAGAACUUCCCUGACGAGAUCUACCACGUCUACACCUUCGCCAUGAGAUGAGGGCGGCGGGAGAAGGUCUCUCCAUGGCCAGCUCGGAGCACGGGCCAGCACGGUGGUUCCUGCCGGGGCCGGGAAGACCGUGCCUUCACCGUGGGGUGGCUGAUGGCAGCGAGGGUGUCACAACUCCCUCUUCUCCAGGGCUGGUGUCAAGGACGGGGCUUUGUCUUCCGAGUUGCUGCUGUUUGUGAAAAAGAGGUGUUUGCCAAAUACAUUUUCCUGCUGUUGCA